UGAAUUCUAUUGACUGAAGUUCUUAAUUCCGACUCUCUUCUCCAUGAUAUAGCGACGCGACAAAAUGGGUCGGAGCGUUUCGCGUUCGCGCUCUCGGUCUCCGUCGCACCGCCGGCGUUACUCUCGCUCUCCUGUAAGUCACCACCGAAGCAACCGCCGUAGCAGGCGCGAUCGUAGCCGUUCACCGUACACGACAAGAAGAAGAAGUCGCUCUAGUUCUUCGAAUCGUCGUAAGAGUCGGUCUCCGUCUUAUAGGCGCCGGAGGACCAGAUCUCCUACACCAAAGCGAAACAGAAGACAUAAAAGUAGCUUGUCACGUUCUCCUUCACCCAGAUCCUGCAGUCCAAAUAACGCCGGAGCCGAGCGUAUAAGCGUGAUUGAGAAACUAAAGAAAGAGGAGGAAGAGAGGAAAAGAAUUCAGCAUGAGGCGGAGCUCAGGCAACUAGAAGAAGAGACUGCAAGGCGAGUCGAGGAAGCGGUGAGGAAAAACGUGGAGGAAAGGUUGAAUUCCGAGGAAGUGAAAGCCGAAAUAGACAAGCGGAUCAAAGAAGCUCAUGCCAAGAUGUUUGCUGAGGUGGAAAGACAGCUAGAGAAAGAAAAGGAAGCUGCUCUCAACGAAGCUAGGCGGAAGGAAGAGCAAGCUCGGAGAGAAAGGGAAGAACUGGACAAGAUGCUGGAAGAGAACAAGAGGAGGGUGGAAGAAGCUCAGAGGAGAGAAGCAUUGGAGCAGCAACGCAAAGAAGAGGAACGGUUUCGGGAACUGGAGUUAAUCCAGAGACAGAAAGAGGAGGCGGCUCGAAGAAAGAAGAUCGAGGAAGAAGAAGAGCUUAUGAAUUCUAUCAAUCUUCCGAAUGGCACUAAAUCUCGAUCCAAAGGGCCCUUCGGCUUAGGUUUGUAGCAGGUCUUUGCGAUCUGGGUUUUAUCGGGUUUCGGUUGUUUUGUUGGAAAACGAAACCAGAGGAACCGAGUUGGAGUUUGAGUUUGAAAUCCUUUUUGUUUAGGUUCUAUCCAUUUGUCGGAUACAACGCGGAAGUACUUAAACUUGUGCCUUGGACUUUUGAAGUUUUUACGUCGAUUCUUUCACCUCGGGAUGUUUACAAGAGCAUUUAGUCACUUUGCUUGUA